CGCACCGUCACUUUCUUUCUCUUCUCUGGCUCUCUUCCUAACUAGUGGCUAGUUAGCUUUCCGAAGACAAAACUGGAAGUCAAAAUGGAAGGCAAAACUUGUCCGUUCAAGAUAAUAUUGGGUUCAUCUUCCAUAGCUCGCCGUAAUAUAUUAUCAGAAAUGGGAUAUGAAUUCACACUCAUGAGUGCAGAUAUUGAUGAGAAGGGUAUCAGAAAGGAGAAGCCGGAAGAGUUGGUCAUGGCUCUCGCUGAAGCAAAGGCUGAUUCCAUUGUAUCAAAGCUACAAAGCAUCAAUAAUCAAGAGAAGGAUGAGAUACCAACUAUUUUGAUUGCUGCUGAUACAGUGGUGGUCUAUGAAGGUGUUGUAAGGGAAAAGCCAGCCAACGAGAAAGAAGCACGUGAAUUUAUAAGAGGCUAUUCGGGUGGGCAUUGUGCAACUGUGGGAUCUGUUAUAGUUACUAACCUUAAAACCGGAAUCAGAAAAGGAGAAUGGGAUAGAGUUGAGAUAUAUUUUCACGAAAUACCAGAUGAGAUCAUCGAGAAACUAAUUGAGGAAGGGGCUGUAUUACAUGUUGCUGGAGCACUGGUUAUCGAGCAUCCUUUGAUAAUGCCAUAUGUUAAACAAGUGGUAGGGACAACGGACAGCGUGAUGGGAUUGCCGAAAGCUCUAACAGAGAAACUAAUAAAGGAAGUCCUCUAGCAUCUGCAUUAUUCGAUUCCAUUUUCGGAGUUCAUUCGAAUUUAUUCUGUUGGGUUGAUAGACCCAUAUUAGACAUUUUUACUUCAUUCAAAUGUUCUGAAUGUGGGAUACCUCUAAUGUUCACACUU